GCUCUCGAGCUGCACUGCCUGCAGGAUCCCGGGACGCGGCGCCGGGUGGGUGGAGGGCGAAGGAACGCGGCGAUGGCCCCAGGAGAACUCUCGGGGUCCGCGGUCCUGGCCGCCGCUGUCUUCGUGGGAGGCACCGUGAGUUCGCCGCUAGUGGCCCCGGACAAUGGUGGCAGCCGCACGUUGCAGUCCAGAACAGAGACGACCCCGGCGCCCACCAACAGUGUGGGCAACGGACACCCAGAAUAUAUCGCAUACGCGCUGGUCCCCGUGUUCUUCAUCAUGGGUCUGUUUGGCGUCCUCAUCUGCCACCUGCUUAAGAAGAAGGGCUAUCGUUGUACCACAGAAGCCGAGCAAGAGGUGGAAGAGGAAAAGGUUGAAAAGAUAGAGUUGAAUGACAGUGUAAAUGAAAAUAGUGACACCGUUGGGCAGAUUGUCCACUACAUCAUGAAAAAUGAAGCAAACGUUGAUGUUUUAAAGGCAAUGGUAGCAGAUAACAGCCUGGGGGACCCUGAAAGCCCGGUGACCCCCAGCACUCCCGGGAGCCCGCCUGUGAGCCCGGGGCCCUUGUCACCAGGAGGCACCCCGGGGAAGCACAUCUGUGGCCACCAUCUCCACACAGUGGGCGGUGCUGUUGAGAGGGAUGUGUGUCAUCGGUGUCGGCACAAACGGUGGCACUUCAUCAGACCCACCAACAAGUCCAAGCAGGGCCAUCCGAGGCGUCAAGGAGAGGUCACUGUCCUCUCUGUUGGCAGGUUUAGAGUGACUAAAGUGGAACACAAGUCAAAUCAGAAGGAGCGGAGAAGUUUGAUGUCAGUUAGUGGGACCGACAGUGUCAAUGGAGAGGUGCCUGUGACACCUGUGAAGAGAGACCGAAGUGACACAGAGUAGCAG